AUGGCAUUAGAUAAUGGUAUCCUCGAAGUGACUUUUUCGACCCCUGCCGGAAUGAUCACCGGAAUCAAGUACAACGGCAUCGAUAAUUUGCUGGAAUCGGACUACACAGAAGAUAACCGAGGGUAUUAUGACAUUUACUAUAACAAAAAGGAAAGUACACAGGACACUAUCGAUAAGCUCGAGGGAACAAGCAUGAGUGUCGUAAAACAAGACGAUGAUGGAGUCGAGAUCUCGUUCGUGAGAACAUGGAACACUUCGAAAUCCGGGCUUCCCCUUAAUAUCGACAAAAGGUUCGUAAUGCUUCGCGGUUCCUCUGGAUUUUACUCUUACGCGAUUCUCGAGCGAUUGGAAGAUUGGCCGGCUGUCAUCCUCUCUCAAGGCCGCAUCGCAUUCAAACUUAACGACGUGUUCGAUUACAUGGCAGUGUCUGAUGACAGACAAAGGAUAAUGCCGACAACUGAAGAUCGCGAGAGAGGUCAGCCUCUCGACUUUCCGGAAGCUGUUCUUCUCACUAAUCCAUCCAAUCCUUCCCUCAAGGGAGAGGUUGAUGACAAGUAUCAGUAUUCUAGCGACAACAAGGACUGUCGUGUGCAUGGAUGGAUAUCAACGAACUUUCGUACCGGGUUUUGGGUAAUCACACCAAGCAACGAAUUUAAAACGGGUGGGCCCGUUAAGCAAGACCUCACCUCCCAUGCUGGCCCGAUUUCGCUAUCCAUGUUUUUUAGCACUCAUUACACUGGAAUUCCUUUAGCACUAUCAUUUGGCGAUGGCGAAACGUGGAAGAAGGUGUUCGGGCCGGUUUUUAUCUACGUAAACUCAGUUUCAAGUGGUGACGACCCACUUAAACUUUGGGCCGACGCCAAAGAACAGAUGCUCAUAGAAACACAAAGCUGGCCAUAUGAUUUUCCGGCCUCGGCUGACUUCCUUCCUGCCGAGCAGCGUGGUGUAGUGAGUGGUCGAUUACUUGUUCAAGAUAGCUACAUCAGUGACAAGUUGAUGAAUGCAAACAAUGCUUAUGUCGGGUUAGCUCUACCGGGCAAACCUGGAUCAUGGCAACGAGAAAAUAAGGGCUGUCAAUUCUGGACUGAGACUGAUGAUUUGGGGUACUUUGUAAUCACCGGAAUACUGCCCGGUAAAUAUAGCCUAAAUGCUUGGGUCCCUGGAUUUAUCGGCGACUAUAUGCUCGAAUACGUGAUCAACGUUCAAUCAGGAGGAGAAAUUAAGCUUGGACAUAUUACAUUUGAGCCUCCGAGAAAUGGGCAUACCCUGUGGGAAAUCGGCAUUCCUGACCGUACGGCUGCUGAAUUUUUCGUGCCCGAUCCAAUUCCAGGACUCAUGAACCAAUUAUACCGUGACCAGUCAGACAAGUUCCGACAGUACGGAUUGUGGGACAGCUACACGAAUUUAUACCCAGAGCACGAUUUAGUCUACACGGUAGAAACGUGCAAUUACCAGACAGAUUGGUUCUUUGCUCAAGUUAACAGGAAAACCGGCAAAACAUACGUACCGACAACAUGGACAAUUAAGUUUAACCUGACAGACGUCGUGAAUGAUACAUCUGCAAGCUACACCCUCCGAAUCGCAUUGGCGUCGGCUACUGAUGCUGAAUUACAGGUACGGAUUAAUGAUGCGUCGAAAUGGCCAUUUUUUAGCACGGGUUUGAUAGGGAAGGACAAUACAGUUGCACGGCAUGGAAUUCAUGGGCUUUACUGGCUAUACACUGUGAAUAUACCGGCUUCUAAGCUAUUCGCCGGCUCUACCAACGCUAUCUACUUGACACAAUCGAGAGGAUGGAUUCAGUGGAGGAAUGUGAUGUACGAUUAUCUGCGUCUCGAAGCUCCUUAUACGAACAAUACUCAGACGUGA